GUAAAUGAUGAAUACAUGUGCACCCAAUUGUUCAAAUUGAAGGAUUGUAUACUUUGUUGUCACAUUUGGAUUCUAUUUUUUUGCAAUACCAGUGCAUGGCAUCGUCAAUGGCGACACGUACAUCAGUGUGCGUGGUGUGCGAUCUCCAACACCAAACUACACAAUCAGCUUACUGGUGUAUUCAGUGUGAAGAACCAUUGUGUGCUGCAUGUGAAGACCAUCACAGCCUUUUGAAGGCAACAAGAAAUCACAAAACUAUUUCAAUCGCAGAUUUCAAAUUAUUAUCAGCUGCUGUAACCGACAUCGAGCAACAUUGUAUUUAUCACAAUGAGAUGUAUCAACUUUACUGUAAUAAGCACGAGAGUCCAAUAUGCAACAAGUGCGUAAAGGAUCAUGGGAAAUGUGGAGAAAUACUUUCACUUGAUGAACUAGUAAAAGACAUAAAAACAUCAGAGUUCUACGUUGAGCUAGAACAAAGCCUUAACGAUAUAUCUUCUUACAUCAAUGUUAUUCGUAAAAACAGGGAGGUUAAUAUAGAAAGUAUAACAGAUCAAAAAAAGAAUAUAGCUGCUGAAGUUUCUCUCCUAAAAAAGCAGGUCAUCCAGCAUGUCAAUAAACUGGAAGAAGAGUUCAUAAAAGAACUUAACCAAAUUGAAUUUGAAUGCUGCGACCCGAUUCAUUUAGUUGUGUUGUCACUUCAAGACAAAGAGAAGGAAAUACACCAGAUAAGGUCAGACAUCCAGAACACGACGAAAUACGCUUCAGAUUUGCAAGCAUUCCUAAGUAUGAAAGAAAAUCAGGCGAAAAUUAUUGAAUUCGAAAAGCAGCUCCAGUUAAGCAUUGAAAACAAAGAUCAUGAAAAUAUCAACAUUGAAAGUUCAAUAGAUACUACGAUACAGGAUAUUUUGACUGUUGAUAGAUUUGGUUCUAUUAAAGUACAGAUAAGUCCGUCUUAUAACAUUGACCUUAAUAGAAAGAAAUACAGACAAGCCCAAACAACGAUACCCAAAGCAGUUAAAUUGACAAACGAUGUAGAAUCUAAACAUGCUGAAUUUAAACGAGAGUUGAACGAAAUUUAUGAGGAUUUCAUGUCCGAAUUAACAAAAUUAACAACGUAAAAGUAAUAGCAGUUAUACCUAAGGUAAAAUUAAAUGUACAGAAUUUUGAUGUAGCGUCCUUAGAUAACUCUGCAAAAACUGUACCAACUGGAUAUUCAUUUUACGUGCAAGGUAUCAGUAUUGUUUAUGUGACCAAGAGAAAAGUAAAGAUGCAAAUUGACUUACCUGGUAGUCCCUACGAAAUUACUUUUGACGGUAGUUCAUUCAUCUGCUGUGAUAAAUAUAAAGCCAUGCAUCUUUUAUCUUGCACACACUACAGUGUCACUUCCAAACACUGUUUUACCAAUAUUUUCCUACGUCUCAACAAAUGCUUACAUGCUUUUUUUGCAAAUCCAGAAAACAGAUUGUACCGUGCUUAACGCACGAUUCUACAC